AUGUCGCACCUCAAGUACGCAGACGCCAAGUACGUCUUCCUCACCGAUUUCGACGGUACCAUCACCCUCCUCGACUCGAACGACCACAUGGUCGACACGGUCGGCAUGGGUUACACUGAGCGCAGAAAGCUCAACGUCGAGAUUGUCGAGGAGCGUCUCAGCUACCGCGAGGGCUUCAAGAAGAUGAUCGAGUCCGUCCACCGUCCCUUUGCCGAGAUGGAGGAGCUUGUCCGAAGAGACGUCACUCUCGAUCCUGGCUUCAAGGAGUUCUACGCCUUUGCCAAGGCCAACAACAUCCCCGUCAUCAUUGUUUCCUCUGGUAUGACGCCCAUCAUCCGCAGCAUACUCUCAAACCUACUUGGUGAGAAGGACGCCAACGAGAUCGACGUCAUCUCCAACGAGGUCAAGUUCACCGACCCGGAGCAGAAGGGCAACACCUGGGAGCUCGUCUACCGUCACCCGGACAACCACUUUGGUCACGACAAGUCGCUUUCCAUCGCGCCUUACCGUGAGCUCAAGAACCGCCCCACCUUGUUCUUUGCCGGUGACGGCAUCUCAGACAUGUCGGCCGCCCGCCACGCCGACGUACUCUUUGUCAAGGACAAGGAUGACAACGAUCUCGCCACUUACUGCAGGACCAACAACAUCCCCCACCACAUGUUCAAAGACUGGACCAUUCCCAAGAAGAUGCUCGAGGGUAUUAUCUCCGGCGAGCUCAAGAUCGAAGACGUGGCUGGCAAGAGCUCCAACAACGGCGACUUUAAGCCUGCCUCCCAGGCAUAA